AUGCUGUGGCUUUCCAUGCUCGCCAUCGCGGCUUUCACUUGCAGCGCCGUGCUCGCGAGCGCAUCGUUUAUGCUCGCAGAUUACUUGCGGCGGAUAGCCAUUGACAAAGCCAUGUCACAAGGUUUCGGGCUCCAACUCCCUGCCAAAAGCAUCAGGCAAAACCGCAUCGGAGUUUCUACCGUGUUCUUGGCCUUCGUGAACUUGGCAUUGCUGCUCGUGGAGCUUUGGCAGAGUGUGGUGUUUGAAAGGAUGCCCUUGAAAGACGUGCCUUUAGAGGGUAUCCAGCGUGUGGUGCCGCUGGGGCUGUACCUAGUGAGCCUGGGUGGACUUGUGCGGUCGCCAAAGGUACGAUGGCAUGAAUGUCAGUGGCUCAUGCGCAACGCGCGACCACUUCCGACUUACCAGCUGAUGAUGGACGGAGAGGACAACGAGCAGGUUCAAUGGUAUCAGGCAUGGAUACGCCAGAAGAUCCGCACAGUCCGUCCACCGUCAAGGGAAGAAGGCAUCGAGCUCGCAUCUCGCAACAGAACCGACGAGGUGAGCGCCUCAAGCCCAGCACUGGAGCCUGACGUGUCUGACAAGUUUUUCGGGGAUCUGCCUUCGCUGGUAGAAAAAGUCCCUGCCCUCAUCUCUCACCGCCGUGGUGCGCUGCCCGUACACCUGCUCCUGGUUCUCGGUUUUCUAGCAUUUCUGGCAUAUCUCCCAGCCGCAAUGCUCCAGAUCUACAAGAGGCUUUUCAUGCCGCAGAUCAACAACUUCGAAGUUCAUGGAGGCAACUUCUUCGAGGAGGAUAAAGGCAAGGUGAACUACUGGAUCGUGCCGGACGAGGGUCAAGAUCAGGUGGUGCUGCGCUUGACUGCGGACACAUCCACGGCCAGCUCCUUUUAUGUUUGCCCAGGCGACCGCUGUUCGGAGCCCCUGCGCAGGAAAGCGACCAUGCGGCUCAACUCCCAGCAGCUCACCAUGGAGCUGUCGCGAGAGAACUUCGGCACACGGAGCUCCUUCAAGUUGCGUGGAUUCUUCACUCGCACCGUCUACGUGGCCGUGGUUGAUGUCCCGAAGGUUCAGAUCACGCUUGGGACGGUGAGCAAGAAUGCUGUCGUGAGCGGCCAGCCGUCCGCGUUCCGGGGGAAAUUUGCGAGUGAGAGGUUCCUAGGGGCCUUGGAGGCUGUGAGUUUUGAUUUCACGGCCGACCGGCGUUUCUUUGACUUCGAGCUGCGAACCUCGAUACUCUCAACGAGGUCCAGCCCCAGACGCGGAGAUCCGGGCUGCAAAGCCUCUUCAGCUGACCAGAUCGCCUGUAAGAUCUCGGAUUUUCAGCAGUGGUGUUCGAAGGCCUGUGAUCUCUCGGCGGAGUUGUCGAUGAAGUUUGGCACAGAGCGGCUGGAGAAACCCCUGCGGCUGAUGUUGGAGGUUCGGAACUCGGAGCUGUUUCAUCUCCAGGAGGUUGUGGACCUUCAGCGGAAGCUGGACGCGACGCCGGAGGUAGCGAGUCUCCGACGGGCCAGGAACUCCCUGCUUAGAGAGACCUACGACUUUUACAGGCGUCACCAGAAGAGAAGGGAUCUGGAGCAGACGAACAUCCUGUUGACUGGACUCACCGGGGCAGGCAAGUCGUCUGCAUGUCGCUUCUUGACGAUGAAUGAGUCGUGCAGGUACUCCAACAGCUGGAGUUCUCACACGAAAAAUGUCUCUGAGAUUUGUGGCCACGCCUUCGGAGAUGAGUUGCAGCCUCGCUUGAACGUCUUCGACAUUCCCGGCUUUGGUGACACGGAGGGCCCGGCCGUGGACGAGAGACAGUUCAGCGAAACCAUCAACUACUUGGCUGAUACAGAAGGGCUGGAUGCCAUUUUCUGGGUUGUCAACGGCGCCAUUCGCCGCAAGCUGGGCAUCCGCCGAUACAUGUUGCAACAGUACAGGAAAGCAUUCGGCUCCCAAUUUCUUGGGAAGCUGCACGUCAUCGUAAAUUUCGUUCCGUGGAUGCCGUAUGCCUCUCAAGAGCAGCUAAUGAGCAAGUGGAUCGAGGAGUUCAGGGCCUUUCUGCUUGCGGAGGAGCAGGAAUUCAUGCAGGAGGCAUGGGAGAUGGUGGCAGACCGAGCAAUGGGACUUAUCAGUAGGAGCCUGAAGGUUCGCAUCGUGGACAUGAACCCCAUGUACUUAGAGGAGAAGCUCCCUGUCCCGCUAUCUGCUCCCAUGGUCCACCGCCUACCGCCGUAUUCCACGCCCAUGAACCUGGUGGAGUUGCUGGAUGCAGUGCACGCAGCUGCCGAUAUCCGGAAAUCUUCUGGCAAACGGCUUGCAGUGAAUGCUGAAUGCCCGCUCCGUGGCUAUGGAAAAGUGGACAAAAGCCGCACGAGCAGCGACACGCAAGCAAUCCAGGAUGGGCCCUUGUUGACAGUGAAGCUGGAGGGUGAAUUCCUGGGCCUUGGGGACAGUCUUUUGGCCCAGUCCGCCCGCUUUGCGUGCGGUCAUGCCCCAGCGGACUCCGAGUCCGUGGUUAUUUUGAACCAAAGCACCAGCGAGACGUCGAUCUUUGGGGUGCUGCUUCCUUACAGAGUCUCUGAGUGGCCGGGAGUCAGGCUCUGCUUUCGUGAGGCCCCGGGUGAGCCGGAGGGGCGCGCGGAUGUGUUGCGCCACUGCCAAGAAGCUGGGGUGCUGAAGCUGGAGCGUUCUGCCUGGCCCGAGAAUGAAGAGUAUGGGCUCAUUCAGACCUUGAAUGAGGCAAAAGGAACGAUCAACGCAGUGGUCUUUGCUUCUGGUAACCUUCAUCGCGAUCAUGAGUACCUGGCAACUGCAGGUGACGACGGCAACUUGCGGGUGUACGAGAAGCUCUUCAAACAAGACUAUGCACAUUAUUGGCUGCGAGCAGAGCAAAGCGAGAAGGCUUACAUCGUCUCACUGGUAGCGUCGCCUGAGGCGAAGAAUCUGGCGGUUAGCACUGCUGAUGGCAAGAUUCUGGUGUAUUUCCGUUUCUUUAAGAACUUGGAGUUGCGGGCAGUUCGAGACUCCACCGACUCCACCUUUGUAACAGGGGUGGCGUGGUGUGGUGAAACCCUGGUUGCUGGCAGCCGCACCGGGAGAUUGGAUCUAUUGAAGCUUGAAGAGGUUGAUGGAAAAGACAGGCUGACCACGAUGACCUCUCUGCCAUCCUUGAAACUUACACAAGUUACGUCUCUUGCGUGCUUUGAAACGGGGAUUGCUGCAGCGAGCACGGACUCGCAUGUCCGUCUGUAUUCGCACCCAAAGCGGCUGUCUUCGUUGGACACAUUCGUCCUGCACGUCAAAGCAGUGGCUUUGUCAGCAAAGUACCUGGCGUCUGGGAGUGCUGAUGGGAGAGUGUCGUUGUUCCAGAGAGAUUCGUACAGACGGAAGAGCCGCAAUGAUGCCCAGGAAGCUGUCCUCUCUGUGGCAUUUUCUGAUGAAAGGCUUGCCGCAGGGAGCGCGAACGGAAAAGUGUACGUGUACAAGGUGACUCAUGGUCGUGACCUGAAGCUGAUGUCAGUUCUCAGUGACUCCCUGCAACCCAUCAGAGCAGUGUCCUGGUCUCGCGAAGGGGUGCUGGCUGCGGGGGGCAACGACACGAAG